AAGCAACUAAGAAAAUGGGAAGAGGUAGAGUUGAAUUAAAAAGAAUUGAAAACAAAAUCAACAGACAAGUUACCUUUGCGAAACGACGAAACGGGCUGUUGAAGAAAGCUUACGAGCUUUCGGUUCUUUGUGAUGCUGAAGUUGCUUUGAUCAUCUUCUCUAAUAGAGGAAAGCUUUAUGAAUUUUGUAGUAGCUCAAGCAGCAUGCUGAAGACUCUUGAGAGGUAUCAAAAAUGCAACUAUGGAGCACCUGAGUCAAAUGUGUCUGCAAGGGAGGCACUGGAGCUGAGUAGCCAACAAGAGUAUAUGAAACUUAAGGCGCGUUAUGAAGCGCUACAACGAUCCCAAAGGAAUCUUCUGGGUGAAGAUCUUGGCCCUUUGAGCUGCAAGGAGCUAGAGUCACUCGAAAGGCAACUCGAUACAUCUCUAAAGCAGAUCAGAUCAGCUCGGACUCAAUUCAUGUUGGAUACACUUACAGAUCUCCAAAAGAAGGAGCAUGCUUUAAAUGAAGCAAAUAGAACCUUGAAACAAAGGUUGAUGGAAGGACAUCAAGUAAGUUCGCUCCAUUGGCAUCCACAUGCCCAACAAGAAAUGGGAUAUGAUAGACAACAUGAACAUCAUCAUCAUCAAAAUGAUGAGGCCUUCUUUCAUCAACUCGACUGUGGACCCACUUUACAAAUGGGGUAUCAAACGGAUUCGUUAACAGCUGCUGCAGCAGCAGCAGGAGCAGGACCAAGUUCAAAUAGUUACAAUAUGCAAGGAUGGUUUCAGUAAUCAUAAUAUUAAUAACCCAACAAUAUAUAUGUAUUUGUGGGUCA